AUGCCUUCUCAACCCCCACUACCGCCCCUCCUCACACCCUAUCUAUCAAACCAGCCCGAGUCUUCACUCACGCUGGUGUCUUCAAUUUUGGGCGCAACUUCUAACUGGCUCAUCCUGAGGUACCUGCAUGCUGCACUGGGUACAUCUUCAAGCUCUAAUGUCUCUGUUGGAUUCGAUGAGCUCCCCAAUGGUGCUAAGAGGAAAGUGGUGCUCGUGAGCUUCUUGCGAAGCUGGGAAUUCUGGAGGGCAGAGGCAAAGCGAUUGGGCCUGGAUCUUGCACGCUUAGCAGACAAGCAACAGUUCGCCUUUGUGGAUGGCCUGUCAGAGCUAUUCACUACCCCUAGCAUUACCUCUAGUGCACCGAUGAACACAGGAAGCGCGGUGCGCACAACCCUUCCUAUGCGAUCUCAUCCUGGCGCUGUGCCUGGUAGAGGACCACCCUCAGCGGUGACAGCUGAACGCCCUGGAAAUGGAAGUCUUCCUCAGAGAGAGUCUGGCAGCACUAAGAAAUUACAUCUUACUGGGCAUGGAAUUGCCGCGCUGGAUGCCAUGGAAAAAGACAUUAUCUCUGAGAUCAAUCGACAGAAGAGUUCCAUGACCGAGGGCGAUGAGAUACUGCUGGUUAUUGAUCAACCGGAUUUCCUUCUGGCCGCUACUGGCGCAAGCAUGGGCAUUGGAGCCACUGAAAUGGCGGAGUGGGUGACUGGAUUACAGCAGCAUGUGCAUGCAACUGUCUUGACCAUGGCUGCGGAUUCCCCAUUGAUACAUAACGCGUCUACUACUGGGAACCAGCUAUCUACGCCCAUCGAGACAGAACAUGCGGCAUUUGCCAUUGGCAUGGCUCAUAGAGCCCGGUCUGUGAUGCAGCUCCGUACGCUCGAGACUGGUGCUGCAAGGGAUGUGAGCGGGGUGCUCAGAAUCAGUCGUGGCGGUGGCUGGACUGCCGAGACAGAGGACAACCUGGACGAAAGGGAGUUGCUGUACAAUAUCCAGAGAGAUGGCGGAGUUCGAGUAUUUGGGCGUGGCGAGUCAUGA